UUUGAAGACGUGCGAACUCUGAUGAAAUGUUUUAAAUAGCCAAAUCUUAAUUGACUGCACGUGCCAUUUUUGAGAGAAAUUCUGACUUGGAUAUAUAUUUAAUCCCUUUCAUUUGGUAAGUCAUAAACUAACGAUGGAACGAACAUAGCAUAACUGGCUUAGUUUCCGAUGAUUCGAUAAAAUGUACAAUUGCUGUACUUAAAGAGCGCUGCAAAUCGCUCAAAUUUUAAGUUUCUAAAUGAACAUGAAAAUUGAGCUUUGUACUCGGAUUACUAUAUUAUUCCACAUCAGUGAAUCAUUUCUUGGAAAUAGACGAGACAAAAAUCAUGCAUUUUUAAUGUAUAAGAAGACAAGGUGACAUAAAUUAUCCAGUUUAAUAGACGAUCAUUUACAAACUAUACUGAAGUUUGUGUCAAAAUUGGUAUAAAAGCCAGUAAUUCGUGAAAUACCUGUCAUCAAGAUGAACGAGGGGGAUAUUAAUAAGAUUCUGAACGUAUCGGGCGCCAAAUAUCAAAUUUCACCAGGACUUGGUGACGGAAGCUUCAAUGGGACGGAUUGUUUUGAAUGGUGGUGCGUUGAACACGCCACUCUGAUUGUUCUGGAAGCCGUGGCCAUCAUUCUGUGUCUAGUGGGCAGCUUUGGAAAUUUAGUAACUGUGCUUGCUAUAUUAUUCUCAAGCCUCCGAUACAGCGUAAACUGUAUCUUGAUAGGCAGUCUCAGCUUCGCUGGAUUUUUGUACUGCUCGCUAAUCAUGUCGAUGCAAGCAGUAAUUUUUCAUAGGAAAUCUCACAAAAUACCGCACGACUUCUGCUCGGCAGCAGGAGGAAUUCGUUAUACCCUGACUGGAGUGAUAAUGGCACACUUAGCUGCCAUUGCAUUGUACAGGUUUCUGAAUGUCGUUUAUAUCAACAAGUACAGAUAUAUGUCAGACAACCGACAACUCGUCAUUUCUCUUGUCGUUUGUUGGGUGUUGCCCUUGAUUUUCACCAUUCCUCCUACCUUUCGGGUGUGGGGUGCAUUCCGAUUUCAGUCCCAGAUUCUCUCGUGUACGUUUGACAAAAGUGCUGACCAAAGCAACAGAGUUGCCAUGGUAACCGCUGGUUUUAUUGUACCUUGUCUUUUUAUCAUAUACUGCUACGCCCGGAUCGGUUGUACCGCUUACAGAAGCUUUAAACGUGUUAGUCGAUGGAAGGGCAACUCUCCCCAGUCAAAGGCAAUACGAAUUUCAACAAUGAUGAUGUGUAUAUUUUUAAUAUUUUUCCUCGGUACCUUCCCCUACUUUGUUUUGAACGUGACGGACAAAUGUUUUAAACACCCUAUUCACCACAUUUGGACAACUAUGUUUGCUUGGGUGUUGUACUGUUUUAACCCUAUAGUGUACACUCUGAUGGACAAUAACUUUAGGACAGCGUACAAGAAGAUAUUGAUGGGUGAUUGUGAAAAGAAUCCUGUUAGGAGGGCCGGAAGUACAUUUUCACGUGCAGCUUCUGUUUAGAUAUGAAAUAUUACAACUAUUUAAAUGUUAUAUUUUCACAUUGGAAAAUUAUGUUGUGUCACGUCCAUACUGAAUGAGAUUAAGAUAAAUUCCCCACUCUUUAAAAAAGUCAUACAUUCAAGUUAACACUAUAUAUAUAUCUACUUCUACCAGUUUCAAUACAAGUUCUGACAGAGAUUGUGUAACAAUUCUACUCCCGUUUUAAAAAUUUGUAUAAACUGUAUAUUAUGUGUAUACAUGAGUGUGAAAUUUGUCGAACCUAGUCUAGGGGGAAAGACAAGUAACCGUAAUAACAGAAUGUUUCUUAAAAAUGUGUCGAUAAAAUAAAAAAUAACAUCUGUAUGAUCAAGCAUACGAUGAGAAGUUUGUUUUCCCGAUAAAGCCUUAAUAUGUAUUUUUUCCUGUUUUAAAUCAUGAAUUAUACAUAUAACGGAAGACAUUUAAUAUGUUAAAGACUUUGUCAUAAAACUCAGUUUUAUA